GUUGGCAUGCCGGAUGAAUAGGAUAAUUUACUCGGGUUUCUUCUAUAUAUUAAAGAAAAAAAAAACAACAAUUUCUGUUAUUUGAGCUAUGGUAAAUAAUGAAAUUUGUAAUAUUCUUCGAACAAAUCAUUUUUCAGGACUAUUUAUUUCGGUCUCGGAAUGCAAACUUUGGCCUUCACUAAUCAUAUGAUCGCUUUACAACAGACGACAAAAGGGCCAUGCAAGAAUGUCGGAUUUUUUCCAGUUUCUUAAAGAUCACAUCUAUAUCCCGAUUCUGGUUGGAUUAUUUGUCCUGUCCCUGAUACUCCUUCUGAUCUGGUGGUGCUGUAGAAACAGGAAUAGGUACUUAUAUCAGCCACUGAACACCCAUGAUGUGGCUCUGUAUGACCGGAUGUACAACAACCAGAAACAAACAGAAGAAAAAGUUCAAGACACAGCCUGGAUGAAUGCUCAGUACUACCUACGAUCUCAUUCACAGUUCAACAAACUUGAACAGCUUAAUCAACUAGGAAGCAGAUCUGAGAAACAAUGGUUUCGUGUCAGCGAUCAGAGAAGAAAGUCCGAGUGUGUCCUGAACACGCUUCCACGCCCGGAUAAAUAUCUUCUGGAAUUUGACAUAAAAACCAGAAAAGUGUUGAAAGAGCUGUUUAACCUUUUGAGGCAUCCAUACAUAUUUCCUAUGAUAGAGUUUGACUUUGUGAUCGAUCAGAAUUUUGUGGUUAUUAUUCAGCCUGUUUGUAACAAAGGAUCACUCAAGGAUGUCAUAUAUCAGAGUCGUUACUACACAUCCUGGCAUGAUAAAUACAAAGUACGAAGUCGCGGUCUAGGUAUACAACAGGUAGCAGUGUACGGAAAACAAAUUUUACAGGGUCUAUUAUACAUGGAAGAGAAGGAGUUACCUCCCCAUGGGCAUCUUCACAAUGGAAACAUUAUGUUUGAUAAUGGGGUCUGCAGAAUAACAGGGUAUGAGAACAGUUUCCUUGGUUUGAAGUCCAAACUUUCCAUAAUGGCAAGGAAGAAACUAAAGGAACAACCAGAGGCGAUUGAUGUCCUUUCCUUUGGUCAUGUGUUUUACGAGAUGUGUACAGGGUCAGAGCUUGACUCCGCCCACCCAGAGCCUCGACAUCUCAGUGUCAUCAACAACGCAGAAAUUGUAUCGGUGCUGAAUUUUAUCUUUGGAGUGGACACAGGGGGCAGAUACCCUUCAUUGAAAAUGAUAUUGGAGCUGAGCUUCUUCAAAGCAGUGAAGUUAAUGGAGAUAGAUAAAUUUAAUCCUGCAAAGAUUCAUUUAUCUAAAGAAAUGAAGAAAGCAAUCAAAGCUGUCAGCUCUGGAAAGAAGAUAAAGAAAUUGAAGAGGACAACCUCCUCAGUCAGAAUGGAGAGAACAGAUUCCAAAACCAUGCUUCACAGUGGAGGAUCUAGACCUCCCUCACCCCCUCCCCCUGGUGGCCCCCCUGUGGGGGUCCCUCCACCACCACCCCCACCUCCUCCACCCACCAGCCCUGGAGGACCACCACCACCUCCCCCUCCUCAAGCCCCGGUACCUCCACCACCACCCCCAGCAUCAUCAGGAGGGUCAGCUGGGAGGGCUGCCUUGCUCGGUGAUAUAAGGUCGGGGACUAAGCUAAAGAAAACUGUAACUAAUGACAGAAGUGCCCCGAAGUUGUGAAGAAACAGCAUUGAUCACAGCCAUGGUGACUCAAAACGAAGGGAAAUUACUGAUGUCUACAUUCAACUGCUUGAUAGUCUUUAAACAGUAUUUUUUCUGUAUUGUGUAUUUUGAAUAUUGAUGGGUAUUCUAUUCAACAUCAUAAUUUAAACAACACAAGAAUUUCCAAUUGAUAGAGGUUUAUGACUCUGUUUUCUGCAAUAUUUUAACAAUACUCCUAUGUGAACAUUACCAGUAUUGGCUUUACUCUUUGUGAUAUUAUUUUAAACCUGUAUAAUAUUAACUGAAGUAUUUUAUCAAAUUUAACUGAAUCAUAUACUCAGGUGUUUAGUUGGUGUAUAAUUUAUAAAU